AUGAAUCAACCGGCGACCGUGCACAAUUACGGAAAAUUGAGCAAAGCCGACAGUCCGAGAAAUCAUUCAUCGCCCACAAGUAUUCUUAGAAAAUUUCCAAAUAGUUUGAGACACGAUCAAAAACAUCAGACGAAAAUAAAGAGAAAUAGUUCUCCGGUGAACGUGGCAUUGUCCGGAAAUAGAGAGGGUUGGGAAACGAAUAGGAAAUCGUGGUCGUUCGGAGAUGAUAUCUCGGACGAAUCGGAGGAGAGGCCGUCGUCGGAAGAUUCCGGAGUUCUCGGGAAAAUGCGGGAGAGUCGGUGCAACAACGAGGAUUCUCGCGUCAAAAGAAAAUUCAGUGAUACAUCCAUAAGCAGCGAUGGUUCUUGUUACGAUAAUGGCGACACGUGGAAAUUCCAGUCGAAAUACAUAAUUUCAAACGAUAAUAAUAAAUCCGUCCAAAACGUUAAUAAUAAUAAAUUAGAUAAUUUAAAUUCGACGAGUGGUGGUAACGUGAAAAAAAUCAAUAAUUCCGCACUAGGCGGAGACCCGUUGACCGAUCAAAAGGAAGUGAAUAAUAAAUCAAAAAGAAAAUUUUCUGUGAUCAGUAAUUCUUUAAGUGAGCGUAAAAACGAUAGCGAUGAUUUACAUAGGAAUAGUUUUUGCGAAAAGUCUGAGCUUAGUAAAAGGUUACAGUUUCCGAUACACAAGUCCACGCCGAAUUUACUUCGUUCUUCUACGGUUACGAAUUCCGAUCGUCGGAUCGGAGAUAAAUCGGUAAAUGGAGAUUACGAUUCUCCGAGCGAGAGAAGGAGAGGAGGAAAACGAGAAUCCAAUUACAAAAACGGCGGAAUGCCGUUGAGAGAGAGCGAUUCUUUGCCUCACUUGGAUCAAAGGCAUCGAAUCAUACACUCGAUAAUGCCGAGAAUCAAUCGAACCAUAUCGGAGUCGCCUGAAAGCAACCUGUCGAAAGCCUGCAUAAAAUCCGAGUCGCACAUAAAUUCACAAAAUUCGUAUAAUAGCAACGUACGAUUGAAAGAACCUUAUUUCAGUGUGUCAAACGUUUUCGACGUCGGUAAAAAAAACGAAUUGAAUCGUUCGGAUGAUGAAAACGAAGGUUUGAGUUUGAUCGAUAAUCGUAAAAAUUUAGUCUUUCGACCGUCGAAAGCUCAGAAAGAAAUGAAAAACCGGUGGUCUUACAAGAAAACAGUUGACAUAAUGCCAAACAUACGGACUUUAAUGGGUAGACGAAACAGAAACGAUAACAACAUCGAAGGAGUUUUGUCGAGCGGAGCUUUCGCUCCCCUCAUGAUGACGCAUCCCUACGUGAGAUCCGACAGUUGCACCAGUUUGAACAUUCCUCAAAUCCAAUACACGGAUGCGGACGAAAAACAUAUACCCGUGAAAAAGUGCGAAACCGUUUACGGGCUCUCGAGUUUGAUACCGUCGGAAUCCCCUUUCCACGUGGAACCCAUAAAACCCGUGAAUAGAUUGAGAGUGCCUCCGAACGGGUUUUCCGGAAGUACAUCUAGAAUGUGUUCGCGUUGCAGUAGCUUACUCUCUAUGGCCAGUUCGUCUAGGUAUUCGAUAAACACGACCGGAAGUGUAUUUGUGAAUUGCAAUCAAUCGGUUGAAAAGCUUCAGGAACCGAGCAUACUUUGCAAGUUGUGUCUUAUGGAAGUGCCAAUGAGCAUGUCGCUUAAAAUAGAUUGCUGCGGAUGUAUAUUUUGUAGAGAUCUAGGAGGAGAUCCGGUCAAGGGUUCUAGAAGAAAAGAAAAUUAUUAUUAUUAUUAUUAUUAUUAUUUUAAAAAAUAG